AUGCCUCCCCGCCAGCGCAACCAAGGCGGCAACAACGCCACUUCGCCCGCCGCCGCCCCCGCGUCCGCCGCCGACCCGGCCGCUUCUGUCCCCAGCGCCGCCUCGCACACGACCAAGUCGAGCACUGCGACCAGCGUGUCCGGCGCCGUCGGCAGCGGCUCGUCGUCAAAGGUCAACUCGAACGAUGCCCAGGCCAUUGUCAACAGCGUGUGGAGGAACUACGUCAACAAGACGGACCAGCGCACCAAGCUGCUCGACGUCUUUAUGGUCUUCCUCGUCGCCGUCGGCGCCCUGCAAUUCCUCUACUGUGUCAUCGGCGGUAACUUUCCCUUCAACGCCUUCCUUUCCGGCUUCAGCGCCACCGUCGGCCAGUUUGUUCUCACGGCGAGCUUGCGCAUCCAGACCAACCCGGAGAACAAGAACGACUUUGGCAGCCUUUCUCACGAGCGUGCAUUUGCGGACUACGUCUUCGGAAGCUUCAUCCUGCAUUUCUUCUGCGUCAACUUCAUCAACUAG